AUGUUCCCGCCAGAAGGCACCGUGAUGCACAAAUUCCUGACAAGCAGGGGGAUACACAUCUGGAUAUCACUGGGCGUUCUCUUCUCCCUUGCAACCUUCACUUUCACCACCAAUUUCAAAGCAACCUCGCCGUUUGCGCACCUCCUUCCGUCCUGGUCGCACUUGAUCACACACCCCAUAGACACGGUCGGGCAGUUUCUCUCCGUGAUGAAAAUGCACGCCGACCACGUCACCCUUGAGACGACGGAGAAGCGCAAGCGGAACGUGGAUGACGUGCAGAAGCGAAAAGAGUAUCGGAUCGCCCAUGGGCUGGAGGAGAGGGAGGUAGAGCCGGUCCAGAAGGAGGAUGAUAACAGCCCUCAGAGAAAGGAGGAGGGGGGCAGCAGUGAGGCUGGUGCGGUGGCGGUUGCCGCGUCGGGAGCGCAGGAGGGUGGGGAGAUUGGGGAGGGAGACACGUAUGUGGAUUGGGAGGGGAAGAAGAGGCCGGUUAAGAAGUGGUUGGGGAUUUGGUGA